AUGUUUCACCGGAGGGGUACCUAUCUCCAGCGCCUGUCCAAAUUGUACUCGGACACCAAGCAAUCGUAUGAGAGCGCGAAGGUCACGCCAGCCGCGGCUAAUGUCACCGAUCUGCCCGAAGUAAGAGAGCUGCGGCGCGACUUUCAAAUCCAGCAGGACAGAUUGCUAGCAUGGGGCAUGCACUGGACCGACGUCGGUGCGCCGUACUCAGCACAAGGCGAUGUCGACAUCGACAAGAAAAUCGAUCAGGCCGGGCUCGGUGAAGUAGUGGCGAGCGUCAUGUCGGAGAUCAAACGGUUACUGGAAGAGAGUGGCAGACUUGAGCAUCCCGAGCGGUACGAGAUGAAGAAGUCCGGCCGAGGACCUGGCUCGAGUCCCGUCGCCCAGCGAAAGGACUGGACGAGUCACGAGGUCAGGACUGGUCGGACUCUGCUUGACCAGCUGACCACCUGCAUCGACGUUCUGUACAGCCUGGAGGAGUCAAGGAGGGCCGACGAGAAGGGCAGUGAUGCGAAGAGAGCAAAACAUGCUCACCCACUGCCUGCUCCAGAUGGGACUGACCAUGCCCACCUCUACGACCAUCCUCUACACGUGGACUGGAACGGACUGGAAUUCAAUAUUUCGCAUUUCCAGGCGGCUGAUCCGCCUCCAUAUGAUCCAGCCGAGGGCUCAACACCCACGCGAGAAAGGUCGAUCGCCUAUUUUCGACAGGGGGCCUGCCCGGUACUCAUUGACUUCCUCGCCGCUGACUGCCCACCAUAUGUGAUCGGCAGUGCAGAGGAUGUCUUUGAGCUUCAUGAGCUGGGAGAGAAACUGUGCAAGAACCGCGACUUGUCUUGGUGCGGCCACCUGAGACUCCUUGGCUUUACCGUCGACCCCAAUGGACCUCGUUGUGCGAUGGUCUAUGCUUUGCCCGAAGGCCAUGAUCAUAAGACCUUGCAGCAACACAGGACCCUUGCCUCCCUGCUGGCCGCUAGCAACACCCAGGAAGGAUCACAGCCGGCUCUUGAAGAUCGUUUCCGUCUGGCAUACAACCUUGCCCUUUCCAUCAUGGGUUACUUUGCGCAGGGCGAGACCCAUCAGUAUGUCAACAGCAACAACAUCUUGCUUGUCGGGACAAGAGAGCACAUCCACCAUUCCAGCAUGCCACGGGAGCUGAGGUCGCCUUAUCUGCUCCAAUCUUGCCAGGAUUUUCUGUCGCGACUACAGGCAGAAGAGCCAUUCUCGGCAACCAUCUACCGGCAUCCAGACCAUGAUAUCCAUGCAUCCGAAGUGGUCCCUGCCUACGACAUCUAUAGUCUGGGAUUGCUCUUCCUGGAGAUUGGCCUUUGGGUUCCACUACAGAAACUGUGGAAACCAAAGUACGACCGCGACAUCUUCAUGGAGAGAGUCCAGCGUAUAUACGCAAACAAGCUCGCCCCGAAAUGUGGGAGCAAGUACAUGCGCGUGGUCCAGAAAUGCUUGCAAGCUCCAGAUGAGCUGCAGUAUAGGAACAAUUACGAAGACGCGGGGGCGUUCCUGCUUCAGGUUGCAAAGGACCUCCAGCAAUGCUGCAUCCUGGACGAGGAAGGACCUCCACCUGUUUCUGAUAUCGAAGUUUUCGAACUGUUGAUCAUCGAACAAAUGGUCAAGGCCGAAGAGAAAGCAGCAAUGGAGGAGAAGAAAUUGCCAUCCAUGCCCGGGAGUUACGACGAGGUCCAACCCGAGCCCCCCAAGCGAAAGAACUCCAAGCGCAAGGCAGAAGCUAUUCACCAACAGACGCCGCCGGCCGAGAAACCUCUGCGCAAAUGGCCUGACGUCGACAUCCCUCAGCAAGACUUGGACCAGUGGAAUACCAUGGUCAUGCCGAAACUCGGCAAGAUACUUGAGCAUGCUCUCAAGGACUCGCCUGAAUCGUCCUGCAGCCUGAGUCUGAUGAUGUUCGGGAGCAGACCGGAAAGUGCAAAGACGACCAUAUGUAUACAAUGUGGACAGAUCAACAAAGUCCGUGAUGUCUUAAGGAAGAAGUUCCGACCCAAAAAGGGCUGGGGAGUCGUCUUGCUCAAUGGCGAGGUCAGAAGAAGCGGCACACGGCGAAGAAGAAAGCCCCGGCGAUCCGGCUACGGCUCGCACAGAGGCCCCAAACCUCUGGCUCGAAGGCCUCUUGAACAGAAAUACCAGGAGAAGCCCACCAGUGGAGCCAGCAUCGGCGCCUUCAAGGACUGCGAACACCUCCCGCCUGUUUCCUUCGGCGGCACCAUCCUCGUCGACGGCGAACCCUACGGCAUGACGGUGCACCACAUGCUCGACAUCCCCAGCGAUGAUGACGAAGACGACGAUUUCGACGACGACGUUGUCCGGCGUAGUGAGGACCCCCAGCCUCGCUGGGCCAUGGCGCCCCCGCGUAAGAUGCCCGGCCAGUAUGAUGCUGCAGCGGAUGUACGUUUCAUGCAAUCCGAGGAAGACCUCUCCCACUUUUCCGACCUAGCCAUAUCUGACGAGGACUUUGAGAAUGACAGUGAUGACGGCAGCGACGCGAGCACGAUCCGCCCCGACUACGCCAUCAUGGACGCAGACGGCAACGAGUUCUGGUUUCUGGACGACACGCCCGAACUGGAGGAUGACGACGGAUCCGACAUAUCGUCCUCGUCCUCGUCCGAGGAAGAAGUAGACGUCGACGACGACGCGGCCUCGAUAGGCGAUAAGCGAGGCAUAGCGCCGUACUCGGACGACGACCUAUACGUGACGCAGCCCGCCAUCGACGACGUGGACGACGACUUCUUCCCUAGCGAAGAGGAUCGCGACGACGACCACCUCGCCUCCCACGCCUUCGGCCACGUCUUCGCCAGCAGCGGCAUCCGGCGCGUCAAGCGCGACGCGAUGAAACACGAAGUCGACUGGGCGCUGAUCCGCGUGCAGGAGGACCGCCUGAAGAUCGAAAACGCCAUCGCCGACAAAAUCACGCCCUCGAACCCUCCCACGGCACGGAACCGGCAAGUCUCACAACCGGCGCAACGCACCAGCAACAGCAGCAGCACCAUCCCCGUCCUCACGACCAUCACGCCCCUUUCAUCCCUGUCUGGCCUGCGCGUCCACUGCCGUGGCCGCAGUAGCGGCUUCCGCCGCGGCCGCAUCAGCCAAGCCAUGUCUCUCGUGAAAAUGCACGGGCGGCAAUCCUUCUCCACGUCCUUCUGCGUCGAAGGCGGCUUCGGGAUCCCCGGCGACAGCGGCGCCUGGGUCUAUGAGCCCCUGAGCGGCGGCCUGUGCGGCCACGUGCUGGCGUGGGGCGAGAAGAGCAAGACGGCGUACAUCGCCCCCAUGGAGGUGCUGUUCGAGGACAUCAAAAAUAGGCUCGGCGCCGAGGAGGUCGAAUUGCCUGUGCCUGAGGGGUUAGGCAAGCCUGUUGCUACUUCCCGGGGGAGCGUCAAGGAAGACUCGGGCAUCGGCAUGGAGUCCGGGGGCGAGGACAUGGCGGGUACGUUGCGGGAGAUGAGGAUUGGCGAUGAUAGGACUCCGUCGUCGGGGGGAGCUCCCGGCAAUGCUGCUGCUGCUCCUGCUGCUGGUGGGGCUGGUACUGUGCCUCCUGCUGGUGGUGGUACUGGCGCGGCUGGGAAGGCGAAAGGAGUCGUUGGCGUCCGGCCCCUCAGGGUCAUGGCUGGCGCGGUGUCUUGA